GGUUUGGAGGUCACACAAUCUGUGAAGUAAUUUGAGUAAUCACGACACAACCUGUCCACAAACAGACUCGAAUCAGCUAGGAUGUGUAUUUUACACCUUUUGCAUUUUAGAAACUGACCAAGGGACAGAAGAGAGUUGGAGUUAACUGUGGAUCUUCUAUUGCUCCCGGAAACCAAACGCGUUUAUAGCAACCGGGCUGCAGUUGUGGGUUGUCACUAGUAACCCAGCCACAAAGUAAAAAAUGGCUAUAUCGUAAAAAUGCAUGGAAACUCAAAAAGCCUUUUGGUCUUAAUUUAAGGUUAGGGAUGUGCAUAAGCAAUUCUAUUUUAGUCCUGUUGCAGCCACUGAGGUAUAAUAAGGACGUUUGUAUCUGGAAGACAAGAGUCGCACAGUCAUGUAACUGUAAUGCAGGAGGUGUCUAACUGAUCCAGUGCCAGCCCCUCUGAAGUAACACCAGACUGCCUUGAAGUGUUAAGAAAACCCAGCCCAAGACAUAGUCAUGUUGGAGGAGGACAUGGAAGUGGCCAUCAAAGUGGUGGUGGUGGGCAAUGGUGCGGUGGGGAAGUCCAGCAUGAUCCAGCGCUACUGCAAGGGCAUCUUCACCAAGGACUACAAGAAGACCAUCGGUGUGGACUUCCUGGAGAGGCAGAUACUAGUGAAUGAUGAAGAUGUGAGAUUGAUGUUGUGGGACACAGCAGGGCAGGAAGAGUUUGAUGCCAUCACCAAGGCCUACUACCGCGGUGCCCAGGCGUGUGUUCUGGUCUUCUCCACCACCGACAGGGAGUCGUUCGAGGCGGUCGGCAGCUGGUGGGAGAAGGUGGAGCUAGAGGUGGGAGACAUCCCCACUGUCCUGGUGCAGAACAAGAUUGACCUUCUGGAUGACACGAUGAUCAAAAAUGAGGAGGCAGAAGGUCUGGCCAAGAAGCUCAAGUUGAGGUUUUAUAGAACCUCUGUAAAGGAGGACCUCAAUGUCAAUGAAGUUUUCAAAUACCUAGCAGAUAAGUAUCUGCAACGACUCAAGCGGCAAACAGCAGAGGAGCCCGAGGCAGUGCAUACAGCAGGCAAUAAAAUUGGCGUUUUCAACACCACAAGUAGUAACCCAUCUAGUCAGAACUCCAGCAAUGGCCGUGAAAUCAUCAGCUUGCGGCCCCACAAACAGAGGACCAAGAAGAGCAAAAACCUCUUCAGUAGCUGCAGCCUUCUUUAGAAUCAAUCCAUUCCCUUCAAUACUGUAAGUUUUGACUGCCAUAUGUGAGGAAAAGAGUCUUGAUUGAUGAAUGGUUGUGUAUUAUAGGGGUAGAUUCUUUCACAGACCAAAGUUUGCAUAGAACACGGUAUGUUAUAUCAAUUUGAGCUCAACCUAGAUCUAAUCUGCACCUGCACAUUGUGCCUAUCAUGACGUUGAGCAUCUUUACAGAUCCAGUCUAGCCUUUGAUUCGCAUGGAUAGAUGGGAGAUCUAAAGCACCAGUAUGGCAAAAGUAACAACAGUCCUCCUGAUGGCUGCAAUGGAUACCAAAACCUAUGUUGUAGCAUGAAUGGAAUUCUUGAAGCUUAUCUUUUGGGAAAUUGAGGUUGGGCGUUGCAGGGUUUUCCCCAUUUACACCCUUCAACAUGUUGUAGGGAAGGGUUACAUUCUAGUUCACUAACACGGCAUCUUUGUAUGUUCAUAUGUGAUUUUUACAGAUUACCAUUUGUGCAUUUGACUGUUCAUCUGUGCAAUAUGUUUAUUGUAAGAGAUAUACUGAUUAUUUUGUACCAUAUUUUGUUUAAAAUAUUAAUGGAAUAUGGUUCAAUCUAUGCUGUAUAUUGUGGAUAAAGACUUGGACAUAAUUGUUCAUUGUUUUCUGAAAGGUAUUUUUAUAUGAAUUUUAAGUGUUUAACAAAUGUUUGCAGACAAUGACUUACCUAAAACGUAACAUAGUGCCAAAUAGUUUCUUAACUUCCUUUAUUGUUGAAAGAAAUGUACAUAUUUUAAGGUGAAAGGUAGGAGUGAUUGAUAGUUGUAUGAUAAUACUAAAUUACAACAAAGACCAAUAGAAUGUGCUCUUAUAUUACCAAAUAAAAUUUGAGAUUCGCACAAUAAACUCUACUUGAGUCACAAAAUUAUAAAAUGUACUGAUCUUAUAGAAUGGAUGAGCCAGUGAAGAGUGUUUUGUUACACAGACAAUACCAAUCAAUAUAUACGAUACUAGAAAUCACAAUUGUUUACAUAUUGCAGCAUUUAAAUCCUAUACAGUUGGAGUUGGACGUUUACAUACACUUAGGUUGGAGUCAUUAAUCUGUUUUUCAACCACUCUGCAGAUUUCUUGUUAACAAACUACAGUUUUGGCAAGUUGGUUAGGACAUCUACUUUGUGCAUGACACAAAUACAUUUUCCAACAAUUGUUUACAGACAAAUUAUUUCACUUAUAUUUCACUUAUAAUUCACUGUAUCACAAUUCCAGUGGGUCAGAAGUUUACAUGCACUGAGUUGGUUGUGUCUUUAAACAGCUUGGAAAAUUCCAGAAAAUGUCAUGGCUUUAGAAGUCUCUGAUGGGCUAAUUGACAUCAUUUGAGUCAAUUGGAGGUGUACCUGUGGAUGUAUUUCAAGGCCUACCUUCAAACUCAGUGCAUCUUUGCUUGACAUCAUGGGAAACUCAAAAGAAAUCAGCCAAGACCUCAAAAAAUAAAUUGUUGACCUCCACAAGUCUGGUUCAUCCCUGGGGGCAAUUUACAAAUGCCUGAAGGUACCACGUUCAUCUGUAUAAACAAUGGUACUCAAGUAUAAACACCAUGGGACCACGCAGCCGUCAUACCGCUCAGGAAAGAGAUGCGUUCUGUCUCCUUGGUGUGAAAGGUGCAAAUCAAUCCCAGAACAGCAGCAAAGGACCUUGUGAAGAUGCUGGAGGAAACGGGUACAGAAAUCUCUAUGUCCACAGUAAAACAAGUCCUAUAUCUGCAUAACCUGAAAGGCCGCUCAGCAAGGAAGAAGCCACUACUCCAAAACCGCCAUAAAAAAACAAAGACAGACUACGGUUUGCAACUGCACAUGGGGAUAAAUAUGGUACUUUUGGAGAAAUGUCCUCUGGUCUGAUGAAACAAAAAUAGAACUGUUUGGCCAUAAUGACCAUUGUUAUGUUUGGAGGAAAAAGCGGGAUGCUUGCAAGCCAAAGAACCAUCCCAACCGUGAAGCAUGGGGGUGGCACCAUCAUGUUGUGGGGGUGCUUUGCUGCAGGAGGGACUGGUGCAAUUCACGAAAUAGAUGACAUGAGAAUGGAAAAUUAUGUGGAUAUAUUGAAGCAACAUCUCAAGACAUCAGUCAGGAAGUUAAAGUUUGGUUGCAUAUGUGUCUUCCAAAUGGACAAUGACCCCAAGCAUACUUCCAAAGCUGUUGCAAUAUGGCUUAAGGACAACAAAGUCAAGGUAUUGCAGUGGCCAUCACAAAGCCCUGACCUCAAUCCUAUGGAAAAGUUGUGGGCAGAACUGAAAAAGCAUGUGCGAGCAAGGAGGCCUUCAAACCUGACUCAGGUCUGUCAGGAGGAAUGGGACAGAAUUCGCCCAAGUUCUGGUGGGAAGCUUGUGUAAGGCUACUCAAAACAUUUGACCCAAGUUAAAGAAUUCAAAGGCAAUGCUACCAAAUACUAAUUGAGUGUAUGUAAACUUCUGACCCACUGGGAAUGUGAUGAAAGAAAUAAAAGCUGAAAUAAAUCAGGUGCGGCAGCGUAGCCUAGUGGUUAGAGCGUUGGACUAGUAACCGAGAAGGUUGCAAGUUCAACUCCCCGAGCUGACAAGGUACAAAUCUGUCGUUCAAGGCAGUUAACCCACUGUUCCGAGGCUGUCAUUGAAAAUAAGAAUGUGUUCUUAACUGACUUGCCUAGUUAAAAUAAAAAGGUAAAAUGUAUCUAGUAUUAUUCUGACAUUUCACAUUCUUAAAAUAAAGUGGUGAUCCUAACUGACUAAGACAGGGAAUUGUUACUAGGAUUAAAUGUCAGGAAUUGUGAAAAACUGAGUUUAAAUGUAUUUUUAAGGUGUGUGUAAGCUUCCUACUUCAACUGUAUGUGCUUUAUUUGUUUCUACUGUGGUACAAUUGUAACAUCUUUAAUGUGCUCAUAUUUGUGAGUCUAUUACAUUUUUACUGAACAAACAUAUAAACGCAACAUGCAAUAAUUUCAAUUAUUCUACUGAGUUAAGAGUUCAUAUAAGGAAAUCAUUCAUUUGAAAUAGUCAUUAGGCCCUAGUCUAUGGAUUUCACAUGAAUGGGCAGGGGCGUGGGCCUGGGAGGGCAGGCCCAGCCAAUCAGAAUUAGUUUUUCCCCUCAAAAGGGAUUUAUUACAGACAGAAAUACUCCUCAGUUGUAUCAGCUGUCCGUGUGGCAGGUCUCAGACGAUCCCGCAGGUGAAGAGCCGGAUGUGGAGUUCCUGGGCUGGCGUGGUUACACGUGGUCUGCAGUUGUGAGGCCGGUUGGACGUAUUGCUAAAUUCUCUAAAAUUAUGUUGGAGGUGGCUAUGGUAGAUAAAUUAACAUUCAAUUCUCUGGUAACAGUUCUGGUGGACAUUCCUGCAGUCAGCAUAUCAAUUGCACGCACCCCCAACACUUAAGACCUCUGUGGCGUUGUUUAACAACUGCACAUUUUAGUGGCCUUUUAUUGUACCCAGCACAGGAUGCACCUGUGUAAUGAUCAUGCUUUUUAAUGAGCUUCUCGAUGUUCCACACCAGUCAGGUGGAUGGAUUGUCUUGGCAACGGAGAAAUGUUCACUAACAGUGAUGUAAACACAUUUGAAAGAAGUAAGCUUUUUGUGCACAUUAACCAUUUCUGGGAUGUUUCAUUUCAGCAUAUGAAACAUGGGACCAACAGUUUUGACAUGUUGCAUUUUAUAUUUUUGUUCAGUAUAUAUUUGUUAGUUUCGGGAGAAAUGAACACUACAUUAUUGUUUUAAAGAAAUAUCAAAUUUCAUGUGUGAUUGAAAAGAGAUCUCAUAAUGAACGGUCUCUUGAUAGAAUGUGAACAGAACUACAGGAUAGCUUUGUAAUGGCUUCAUUUUCUCACCUAGUUAUCAUGCUUGGACUGUGUUCUCUUUCCACUGACCGCUAUGAUGGCUUUUCUGAGGCAAGACUAGUAAUUCCUGCUCUAAUUUCACUGUAGGACAGAAAGGAAAGUCUCAUUCUUUAUACUGUGUUCGUCAUUAUAACUUCUAGUUACCCAUUAAUACUAUUCACAAAUCAAAAUGGCACCAUGGUUAUAAGUACAUUCUACUGUAUAUAGUCUGUGUUUUGGUAUCAGUAAAUGUUGUAUGAAAAUUUGCAUGCUUGCCUUGUUUUUUUGUUUUUUUUUCAAGUGAAUGAAUAUGGAACCACAGUUUAAUGCCACAAAGCCUUGUCCAUGUAUGUUUACAUUCUCAUUCAUUGUGUAUCUUUAAACAUAUUUUUUAUUUAACUAGUUUGAUUUAAGGACUCCUGCUUAGUAAAUAUUGUAAAUCACACACCAUCCCUUAACAGUUGCUAUUUGUAAAAAUGUUCCAUUUUGUUCAAAUGGACUAAAGGCACUUUAACAAUGAGAUGUUUUAAUGAUGUUUGUCUCCUGAAAAUACACAAUGUUUAUAUUGACCAUUUAAUGAAUUAAUAAUUAAAUCCGUUACCAUUCUUAUAAUAUGGUCAAGUGCUCUUUCACUCAGGUGUUGUGAGAAUCACUGUAAUCCAUUUUGAUGUUAUUACAUUUUGCAGAUGGCUUACUGAUUUAUUACAUACUGCUUCCAUGAACUUUGUUUCUAGAUAACCUAGUCUGUUUCUGCUCUCUUUCCAACUCCUUAUGGAGUUGCCAUGCCAAACAUUGUUUGUCAGCUUAAAGUAGGCAAGAGCACAAUAUACCUGGGACCAGGCUAAAGACUUAACUAAAUGUUACAUGUUGUCAGAAUUGUGUGACACAGAGUAGUAGUUACAGAGUAUAUCUCACCUAGUUUGUUCAUUUCUAUUACUUUGAUUUAACAGUGUCUCAAGGUGUGCCACACAUGCAGUACUUGCACCUGCAGCUUGGUUGAAAAUCUGUUUGAUGGUGAUCUAGCAUAAAUAAAAUCUGUUUGGUGAUCUAGCAUAAAUAAAAUCUCUAUUUUGA